UGGGCCGUUACAUUUCAUGGGAAGGUGCAGUCUUGGCAGCCAAUUGAUAUAGUCCUCAGCCUUCAUGCUGUGCAAGCCACCGGUCGUCUCAGCCUCCGGCGUGCUGCAGGUGUGACUUCAGGCACGCGCGGUGUCACUGUUACGGUGACUCAAAAGGGAACCGUACCAGUAUCUCGGUACUAUCGAGAUACAAACUUUUGCAAUCUCAUGAUAGGAGUCGAGAAGGGGUAUGUGAUGGAAAGUGGUUGCCGUGUUGAAGCUCCGAAGUCAGGUUGAUUGAUUAGAAACAGGGAUGCCGCUGAUGCCGAGGCGUUGGAAAUCUGACAACCGAAAAUGUGGGGGACUAGAGCUGGGGAAGCUUCAACGACAUCCCUCUUCUCUCUUGCUCUUUACCCCAUUGUUCUCUGCAACUCUCCCGAUUGUCUAUAAUAUUCAUCAAAUCCUCUAAAGUUUUCUCAAGCAACAGAUUCAAACAUUAUCACAACCAAAAUGUCUGGUCCGGGUGCAGGUUUCGAGUAUCCCGUCAAGGAAGUCUCUUGGCUGAAGAGAGAUGUUCUGCUCUUUGCCAACUCGAUUGGAUGCACAGCAGAUGAACUACAUUUCCUCUACGAACUCCAUCCCAACUUCGCCGUCUUCCCAACCUACCCCAUCAUCUUACCAUUCAAACUCACCCACCAAGACAUAAUCGACUUCUACGCCGCCCAAGCCAGCACCCCCAUCCCCAACGUCCCCAAAUUCGACGCCCGCCGCGUCGUCGACGGCCAACGCCUGAUGACCUUCCUCAAGCCCCUGCCCCCCACCUCCGCCGGCCGCACCUUCGAGCUGCGCUCCAAGGUCAUCGGCGUCUACGACAAGGGCAAAGCCGGCUCCGUCGUCGAAACCCAGCAGGAUAUCGUGGAUAAAGCGACAGGCGAGAGCUACGCGCGAGCGGUCGGCAGUGCUUUUUUUGUAGGACAGGGGAAUUGGGGAGGUCCGAAGGGGCCGGCGACGGAGAAUUUCCCGCCGCCGAAGGGGAGGGAGGCGGAUGUUGUGGUGAGUCAUCAGACGACGGCGGAGAGUGCUUUGUUGUAUCGGUUGAAUGGGGAUUAUAAUCCUCUUCAUGCGACGCCCGAGCCGGGACAGAAGAUGGGGUUUGGUGGUACUAUUAUGCAUGGACUUUCGAGUUGGAAUUUUGCUGCUCAUGGAUUGCUGAAGGCGCUGGGUGGGAGCGAUCCGAAAAAUAUUAGGGAGUUUCAGGCGAGGUUUGCUAGUCCUGUUAAGCCGGGCGAUAAGCUUGUUACGGAUAUUUGGAGAACGGGGGAGAUGAAGGGGGAGUGGGAGGAGAUUAGAUUCGUGACUAAGGUUGUGGGUGGGAAGGUGUGUUUGAGCAAUGGACGGGCAUUGAUGAAGUGUGUUGGUGGAGCGAAGAGUAAACUGUAGACUUUGAAAAUGGGGGAUGUUUCCGGUUUGGUGGCACAUAUGGAGGGGAAGUUUGAUAUCAAAUGAAUG